AUAAAUGGAAGCCCUUGAGCAAGGAGCUGAAAGCCAAUGGUCAUGAACUGGUCAGUGUUGAGGAGAAUCUCGUUGACCUCAUCUGGAGUAACAGACCAAAUCCUCCUUGUAGUCAGCUGAUCAUCCUCACAGAUGAGGAAACAGGGGCAUCAUGGCAAGACAAAGUGACAAAAAUCCGCACAAAACUGGAGGAGGAGAAUGCUUCAGCUGUUGUUGUUACUGCUCUGGAUGAAGUGGCAUGGCUGUUUAAUCUGAGAGGAUCAGAUAUAGUCUACAACCCGGUUUUCUUCUCCUUUGCCAUCAUUACAGCUGAUUCUGUCAAUUUGUUUGUGGAUUUUGAAAAGUUGACAGAGAAACUGCGUUCACAUUUGUCGGGAGUCCACCUGCACCAGUACAGUACAUUUUACCACUUCCUGUCCGCACUGGCUGAGAAAGACAGUAUCUCCAAGAUUUGGAUCAGCGGAAGCUCUAGUUUUGCUGCCUACAGUCAGAUUCCCAAACACAAAGCUCUGCUUUCUCCGUCACCCCUGGCGGCCUUGAAGUCUGUGAAGACAGAUGCAGAACUGACCGGGAUGGAGAGAGCUCAGGUGAAGGAUGCAGUUGCCUUGUGUGAAUUCUUUGUCUGGCUGGAAAAAGAGGUGCACACAGGACGGGUCACAGAGAUCUUGGCUGCUGACAAGGCAGAAUAUUUCAGAAGCCAGCAGGAAGAUUUCAUCUCCCUCAGUUUUGACACAAUCUCCAGUGUUGGCUCACAUGGAGCAAUCAUCCACUACAAACCAAGUCAAGAAACAGAUCGUACAGUGACAACAGAGGAGAUCUAUCUCAUCGAUUCUGGAGCUCAGUACAGAAGUGGGACCACAGAUACAACCAGAACAGUCCACCUGGGCACUCCCUCCCAGCAUGAACAGGAAUGUUUCACCAGAGUUCUCAAGGGACACAUCAACCUGUCCAGUGUUGUCUUCCCAACUAAUGUCAAAGGUCACAUGUUGGACACCCUGGCUCGUCAGUAUCUGUGGCAAGCUGGCCUGGACUACCGGCAUGGCACCGGCCAUGGUGUGGGUGCAUUUCUCAAUGUUCAUGAAGGACCGUGUGGCAUCUCCUUUAGGGUUUCACCAACUGAAAUAGCACUGGAAGAAAACAUGGUGGUCACUGACGAGCCAGGCUAUUAUGAAGACGGCCAUUUUGGUAUCCGGAUCGAGAACUGUGUGAAAGUUUGCAAGGCAACAACAAAACACAAUUUUGGAGGGAAGGGCUUCCUAACUUUUGAGCCGAUAACCGUUGUCCCAAUACAGACAAAGAUGAUUGAUGCCUCGCUGCUGACUGAGAAAGAGAUCCAGUGGUUGAACAGUUAUCAUGCCAAAGUGCGCAACCUUGUGGGUGAGGAGCUGAAAAAACAGGGCAAGAAGGAGGUUUAUCACUGGCUUCUCCAAGCAACUGAACCACUGGGUUAA